GAGGCGGAGUUAGUGGACGUGCAGCAGGCAGAGGGCAGCAGGCAGGGUCCACAUCUCCUCCUGACUGGAUCACAGUUUCAACAUCAUCCUCCACCAACCACCCUGACAAGGACAACCCUCCCAAAAGCACAGGAUCCGGACAAUCUUUUUACAAUUUUAAAUCAGAAAUCGCAUCGAAAGCGUCAAGAUGCUGGCCUGCACGGAGAUGAUCACCAUGUGUCUUCAGUCUGCAAAACACGAUCACAUGAGGAAGCAGAAGGAGCUGGACCGCAACCAAAAUCAAAGCAUCUCUCUUUUUCAUGAUAUAUUCCGCCGGGCAGACAAAAAUGACGACGGGAAGCUGUCCUUGGAGGAGUUCCAGUCGUACUUUACUGAUGGUAUCCUCACUGACGACCAAAUGCAGGAGCUGUAUUCCUCCAUCGACAGGAAGCAGACAGAUAACCUGGACAUAGACAAACUCUCAGGGUACUUAUCUCCACAUGUGGGGGAAUACGUCAACGUCCUGUCUGCUCUGGAAAAGCUGAAUGUGGCCAUUUUGAAGGCCAUGGAUAAAACUAAAGAGGAUUAUCAGGGUUCAUCAGUGCUGGGUCAGUUUGUGACACGUUUCCUGCUGAGGGAGACCUCCACCCAGCUGCAGUCCCUCCAGUCAUCGCUGGACUGCGCUAUGGAUGCGGUUCAUGACCAGGGCUGUACUGGGAGGAGGAUACUGAAGACCCCAGAGGAACUUCCUAUCCAGAGGGUGCCCAAGCGCCCCGGCCGACGCAUCCAGAAGAACAUGUGUCUCUCCCCGACCGACCCGUACUCUGGCAUGCUCACCACAGGGGUCAGCGUGGAGUCAGACAACCACUGGGGCUCCCAGAUCAACCAACUGGAGCAACUCAUUGACAAACUGGAGUGCGAGAGCCCUCAUCUUGAACCUCUCAAAGAGGACACAUUGGCAGGGACAUACAAUUCGAACAUUCUUCUGAUCCAAAGACAAAUGUCUGUGAAGGAGAAGGAUGUGGAUCAGUUUCAACAAGCUCUUAACAUCUACACAGAGACCACCAGCAGCCAGCCUAACAACCUGCACGUUUCAGUCCAGAACCUGCCAGACAGAUCUUGCUUCAUCAUGUACGAAUUUUGGCAAGAUCGUCUCUCCUGGAUGAGCUACCUGCAGUCCUCCAUCAGUAAGACCUUCCAGCGCUGCAUCAUCGACUCACUGGAAGAGCCGGAGAUGGUCUCCACCAUGCUCCUCCCAGCCUCUUGGUGGAUCAUGAACAACAACUGACCGAGAAAAAGCUGCUGCUACUCAACACAAUAAAAGCCGGAGGAAGAGCUGAUUGUUUAAUCUGUUUUAUCUGCAUUGUUUUUGUCCUUUGAUAUCCAAUUUUUCCUGAUGGCAUGAGCAGGAUUGUUUUUGCAAAGCUAUGCUCCGAGGUUAUAACAAAGAAGACUGCUCAGAUAAAUCAGUUAGGAGUAACACUAAUUAAAACCUUGGAGAUGAGGAAUUGAGGCAACGCAAUCUUUUAUUGUGUGAUCAGGAUUUGUGCCAACACUCAUUUAACUGGCACACUUCUUGCUUCUGAUUUGAUAUAAACGCAAGAAAUGAAAAGACCUUUGCAUGAUUUCUUAUUUCUCAGUGCUAGUUUAUUUAAAUCAAAACUACAUCUUAGAAUAGAUAUCAUGUACCCGAUGUCACAAAAAUAUAAACACAUGAAUGACAACUGCUCUUUCCAUCCAUCCCUCCCCUCAUUCUCCAGUACAGACUAAACCAGUCUUAGUGGUAGGGUUUUCCUGCAUUUCCCCUUGUUCUGUCUGUGGUAUUGUGCUUUGUUGUCUCCUUCAAAGCUUCGCUGCCAAGCAUCUUUUAUGCUGAUGGGUUAGAAAGCCAGUAGAUAGAACAUACUGUAGGUGAUUGUGGUCCGCAUCUAAAAUGUUGUUAUCAGUGUGUCACUCCUGCACUUUAGAAAAAUAUGAAACGUGGACCUAUGGAUAUUUAUUGUAGAUCGUCUAUUAUUAAAGAUAAAAUGAACUGCUGUUAUAACAAGCCAAUAGCUGCACUGAAGUGUAGUGAGACAUUAGCAGACGAUAACAAAUUAAGUUUACUUGUACUGUUACUCUAGAAAAAACCCUCAAAAGCCAUUGUUUUGCAUUUGCAGUGUAAACAGUACAGUGACACAUAGAAGUUUAUAUUUUGAGUACUUAAAUCCAGGAGAAGGUGUUCUGUGUGAUGAAAGUCUAUUCAGAUUGUGUACAGUAUUUAAUGAAAGCUGUAAGUAGUUGUUGUAGAACAUUGGUAAAUGUACAGUAUGAUAGUAAAGUAAGCUGUGGUUGCUCCGAUAACGUGAGAAUGAAUGUGUUCACUCUCUCUUUUUUAAAGUGUUUUAUCUUUUCUUUUAUGAAGAAUAUACUGUUGUUAUGUGGAUGCUAUGUUUGUUUUUUGGCAUGAAAUAAAGUUCAUGGCUUGUUGAUGA